AUCCGCGCCCGCCUCGCUCGCACGCGUCCUCCUCCGCAGCGCACCGGAUAAACAAAACGACAACCUGAGGUACCCAGACCGAUAGUUAGACGCGAGAAUACUGCAAGGCCUUGCAAGAAACACAGACAUGAGUAUGAAGAGUGCGAUAUACCUCCUAGCCCUCCUCGCGGCGGCGCACGCGGCGCCCGCGGCGGAGCCCGAGCCCGCGCCGCAGCCCCGGCCCGACCCCGCGCCGGCGGAUGACAACAGACCGGAGAUCAUCGAGAUCAUCGCGCCCGCCUCCAGCGCACAGGAGACGCUGGCGACGCUGAACCUGGGCGCGCCGGGCUCCGAGCUCAGCGAGCGCAACAAGCGCACCAUCGGCAUCCUGCGCCAGCUGUUCCCGCAGCUCACGCAGAUGAUCGAAAAAAUAGUACAGGACAUCACCAGCCAGGUGCUGAAGGUGUUCGGACCGGUCUUCCUGCGCGCGUUCUUAGGGAACAACAACGGCGGCGGCCGCAGCAACAGCGGCACCGUCGAGCUCGACGAUGACGAUGACGAUGACGAUGACGACGAGGACGAUGACGAGGCGAUGACGUCAUCGCCGAGCACGACCACCACGGAAGCGCCGGAGAGGAGGAAGCGCGCGCUGUUCUACUUGCCGAACGCGGCAGCUGACGAGAACCAGCUGCUGUCGGGAGCGGAGUCGCAGCAGGCCGAAGUACGCGUCGCGUUCGGCGACAGCCAGCCCGCCGCCGCCGCCGAGGACCAGGACACCGCCGCGCAGACCAGCAACGCGGCCAUCGACGAGAUCACGCUGGACGACGCAGAUGACAGCGAAGAAAACAGAAAUAAGAGAUUCCUCGGCGGCGACGCGGGCGCGUCGGGCGGCGGCUCGGGCAACUUCCUAUUCGACGUGGUCAGGCGUCCGGCAGAGAUGGUGGCGCGCGCAGCCGGCAACGCCUUCCGCCUGUUCGCGGGCACCGACUCGCUGUCCGUGGGGCUCCGCGCCGCGCACUCCGCCACGCUGGACCCCGCCGCGCUGCCACAACUGAUAGCGGGUUCGUCGUCGGGCGCGUCGUCCGGCGACGCCGGCGCGGCGGAGGGCGAGGACAACGGCGGCGCCAAGGGCGACAACCUGACGGAGGGCGUGCCCGGCCCCAUCACGCGCCUGUUCAUCAUCGCCAACCGCGGCAUCGCCAACCUCAUCCAGGACCUCAUCCUCCGCAUCGCGCAGACCUCCGAGAGGAUAGUCAACUUCAAGGCGCGACUGAUCACCUCCAUCAUCUAGAGAGUGUGCGCUUACAAUAAUAUCGAGAGGCUUCGGUCGGAGCGAACUCGGACCGCGACCUGGAUCGGCGCGUGUGAAGCUAGCUUAAUAAAUACAUUCUAUGAACAGUUAUAAAAUCGAUUUCGAUAAUAUGUAAAUCGCAACAUAAUCGUGGCAUGCUCUCGGUAAAUCUUAUUGUUAAUUUAUUUACAAAAAUUACUGAACCGAUUUUGACGACAUUUCGAGAGCAAUUCAAAAUUAGGCUCAGAUCAGAAAUUCGUUCAAAUUAGUUAAUGAUUAGCUGAUAUUUACUGAAACGACGACGAAAAUAUAGAAUAAAUUCAAAACUCAUUUUAAUGUCUGUCGAAAGCCGCUUCUACGCUCGACCCUCGUCCCGGUCCGACCGCCGCGCGCCGCGCGCCGCGCGCACCGCACCGCGCACAGCGCACAGCGUCGCCGGCGAACACUCCCGCUGCUUGACUGAACAAGAAAACAUCAUCCCACACACUUGGGUGCUUUCUUGCGGUACGAUCGUAUUGCUUGAAAGAUAAUCAUAGAGUCGGAUAGCCGCGUACAACUUAUUUAUAUCGGACAUGCAUGAGGCACACCUAGACGUCGCUACAUCACUUUCGAUAUCAUGCUCUGAUUCUUAAUGAUAUUCAAAUCGUAAUUAAAAUUACGCAAGAAAUUCUGUGACGUCAAGACACUUCAUACACAAACUGUUUAUUGUGUAAUUUAAAUUAUUCGACAUUUGGUUUUUAGCUCACUUAGCGACAGGUAUGUCUCGUGUUACAGUAUGAAAAAAUAUAUUUAUUUAUUACACUGAAAUAUCGUAUAGGCCCACUAUCCUAUUUAUUUUUUUAUACUUUUACACUUAUCUAAGAUUUAAUUUUGUACGCUCUCAAUUUUUAUUAGUUAAUUUUUACACAACUGCUUUAUACUUGUUGAAAUAACGAAACGUUUCAACCCUCCGGGGUUCGAUGCCCGGUCGCGAGAGAACCGAAAGCGGCAGUUUAGUAUAAUUGGGGUAGAGGGUAGGCUAUUGAUAGAUAAUUGAUAAAUAAAAUUACUUACAAUUCGACCGCACGAUGGGCGCAAAGCAAACUGACCUGUAUUUAUUUAUGAGGCUUGACUCCCAUACCUGCGGCGAUUGGCUUGUGUAGCGAUAAAAGUUGUAACUAAAGCGAAUCACACUAUUCCGUUUUGUCAAAUCGAUCGCUGAACAAACUUAUACAAUAGUAAUUCCUCAUUUUCACGUUCCUAUAACAGUCACGUACUUCCUCCCGUCGAUCGGACAAGUCGGAAUGUGUAGGUCGCACUUAAAUAAUCUCCGCGAUCGGUUCUCCGGCGCCGCGCUAGUGAUGUGCCGGUGCCGGGCCGCUAGUGACGCGCUGGUGGUGUACGCUGUGGUUUGGUGUGCACUCGAGUGGCCGCGGGCCGCGCCUCGACUAGCCGCUAGUGUAGUAAGGUGUAGUGUAGUGAUAUGAGACGGCAGCGCCGCCUUGCUCAAGCUUUUUUAUAAUGUGACAAUCUCAAUUCGUUUUUACGUUUGUAAAUAUGUAUUAUAGCGGAAUUUAUGUAAAAUAAAUGAUUAGUAAAUAGU